AACCUGUUAAAAUCACGCUUGAAUGCUUUAUUUGAAAACUCGGCAACAUGAAUACCUUUUUGUUGUCAAUCUAAUCUAAAAUCUCGAAAAAAUUAGAAGCGUGGUUAAGUAGAAAUUCCGUUAAAACAAAUAUAAGUUCGUACUGAUUUUCAUGCGUAACAUCACAAUCGAUUCACGCCCACUCAAAUCUAAACUUAUCACUCAUCAAAUGGUCCUUAAUGAACAAUCCAACACGUGUUAACGUUUUAACUCUCACGCCGGGCAAUUGAAGAACAAUUUUUUUAUUUCCGAAGCAUCAAUCCGGGUAAGUAUUAGCCAGGUUUUCUUUUUACCUGUGAGCACACAUGAUUUUCUAUGGCUUUCAGGUCGUGGCCAGGAAAACCAAGAUAAAUGAGAAAAAAUGGCCUUAACCAUUUUUCACAUUUUACACUCUCGUUUGUUUGCGUGUGUAUGGCUUCACUUCACCACAAUCUGAGUGUCUGCAACAGACAGUCUGGAUCAUAUGGCUUCUAGCGGUAAGUACUCCGACGGACAAAAGAACUAUUGUACUAAUUAUAACACGUUUCCGAGGUAUUUUUUAUCAAUAUGUGGCGUCCCAAGUCCAAAGGGAUCAAGAGGCUUUAAAAAAUGGAUUCAGUUUAAUUUUUUUCCUAACGGAGAACUUAACACGCUCUCGAUAAGCAGGACAUAACGAAGAAAUGUGAAGGGACGAAAACUGAGAAUAUCGGCAACACCUUAACAAAUUAAACUUUUAAGUUUAAUUACUUUUAAAAAAGUAAGAUUACUUUUUAAAACAUGGAAAACUGAACGACAAAAGUGGUUUCAAAAAACAAAAGAACAGAGAGAAAACGAGACAAAAACAAACAGAACAACAAUAUUGAAAACGGAUGAAGUAAUGUUAUCUAACAAAGACAAGGAAAUCAAACAACAUACAACGUUGAAAAACAAGCGCGAAAAAGUUAGAAGUAUAGCAUUUAUAAAAAUGUUCUAGAGAAAGACCCGUUCUCGAAAGAAUAUUUUCUAAGUGUUCUUUCUUUCGUGACAAUAUAAUUUUUUUGUUCUUAUCUUAAUAUCAGUUACAGUGUAUUUCAAACUCCAUUAUGCACACUUUAAAAACGGAAAUGACAAUAAUGCUAUGCUUGUAGUGGCCCGCAGGAAACCAUUUAUAUUCUAGACACGCAAACUAACCGAAGAAAACCUUUUUCAACCGCACCUAAUAUAAUGUUUGUCAAUAUUGUUGAUCAAACUUCUUAAAAGCUUGGAAUUUCUUUGUUCAAGAAACUGGAUCCCUCGUGUUUUGUGGAGAUGUAAGUCGACUGUAAGUCGUUUCGUGAGAGGUACACUAGUUUUGAUGAAAAUAAUCCAUUCAAAAGAACCGCAAUAAAUUUAAUAGUUGUCGAUAUUGAAAACUAUUGGUCAAGAAACAAAAAGAAUUUCAUCACCGUGAAGAGGGCAGUCAAGCUUGAGCUUGCUUUUUGAUGCAAUAUCUUUUCCAAAGCUGACUUAAUUAAGCUUGUUUUUAAAAAACAGGUCUAAAAACUGUAAGACAUUUUCAGAAGCUAAACAGUCCGAUUAAGAAGUGUAAACAAAAAUCGUGGGACACUUAAAGUCGAUAAACGGUACGAUAGCUCGUGAUCACGAUUUUUCAGUGGAGAGACUUGAAAAAUCUCAGGGCAGACUGCAAUAUACAUCAGUUUCAACGGCUUGACACGUCACCGGACGCGGUGUGGAACGCUUCCCGCAAGAAUGAUGUUUUGUGGACUAGUUUUACUGCAUCAAUAUAGAACCAAUUAUGCGCCGUUGUUCGUCCGAUUUAGAAACAGUUUAGCGACAUUGUCUAAGCCUUUAUGAUCGCGAAACUUCACUGAGGGCAAAAAUUGCCGUUUCCUCGUUUCGUUGGAGUUAAAAACGUUUCAGAUCCGACUAGGAAUCUAAAGAAAGCCAUGAACAGCGAGCAUUCUACUCGUACUGCCCGUCCAGAUGGACCGCCAAGUCCGCAGGCAAGGCUUGAACUUCCGAAUAGAAGAAAUUCUGCUCAUGAGGCAUCGUUACGGAGGAGAAAGAUUUUCUGGCUCUCAAUACUAUGCUGGCUAAUGGUGUUAUGCUUAACAGCCAUCAUUAUAAUAGCUGUUGUACACUUUCAAAGUUCUAACAACGAAAUCGAUCAGAUAAGUGCCGGAGCGUUGAUUGGAUUUGGUGUGUUACUCAUCUUCGUUGUUGUCUGGUUAAUAAUAAUUUACCUCAAGUUCAACCGCUCCAGAGCGAGAGGAGACACACAGCAGUACAGACGGAGCAGAGAGGAAUUUGUAGCUUUUGCGUCGUCGGAAAUCUUUAAUGGCAGAGGUGUUAGUUCAACAAUCUCCACUGUUAAUUCUACAUCAAACUCUCGGUCAACCGAAGGUUCAGCCGAAAGAGACACGCAGCGAUUUAUCUAUCGCCAACGAUUUCACGACGACGAACGAAGACGUGUCGACCGCAUCACAGAAGCGUCAUUGCCAUCGAUUCCAAGCUCGUCGAGAAUAAUACGGGAACAGCAUGAACGCGGCCCUGGUCUCGGGAGACCACAACUGCCACCGCAUGUUCCCGAACGUCGUCGAACUGAACACGAACCUCCACGAGUUUUUGUGGACAAUUCCAGUCGUGCUGCUCGACGACACUCUGCUCCACUACCUCCACCUUAUCAACCUCCAAUGAGUCCGCCAUAUAGGAUAUCCGAAAGUUUGCCAACGGGUACCCCACCACCUGCAUACGACAGAGUGUGUGGUAGAAAUCGCCGUCUCGAAUCCACGACUUCCGAAGACAGUUGUCUAAAUCCCCCUGCCUAUCAAUCUCGCCCACCUUCACCUUCACCUUCACCCGGUGCCUCCGCUGCAGUUCCUCAGGAUAGAACCCCGCACCUAAACGUGCCUUCACAUCGGUCAGGUGUAGGCCAACCGGGUUCCGGCCUCCCUCCCCAAGGAAGAGUUAGACGCUAUGAGUUGUCCCCAAGCCAAAUACAACAGCCUUCGCCUUUGUCUGUGUCUGGGGUGGUCCUAAGGGAACACAUCACUCAUCGUAACCUGCCAAGAUCAAGACCAAGCUCAGCUACAUAUACUGGAGUCCAAACUCCAGUUCUUACUGCAACAGCAACCCGGUACACCCCGCCUUACUACAGAUCGACUCCGGCACUUCGCUACCAUACAUCGUCGCACCUGCCGAGUUCAACAACACACUCUGCCUUUGUGCUUGCCCGAAAUGAUCCAGAAACCUCUGUACGCCCCGUUUCACCUACGUAUUUGACCAGUCGAUCAUCUUUCUCCAGGCCUGUCUUGACUCUGGCUGGGCCGGAAAACUCGACUCGUCUCUCCCUCUCCUCUCUACAUGUACCGAACCGUCCGCCGUCUCCUAUUCAAGAAAUUAGUGAAGACAAUCACGAAGAAAGCGGCAGCAAUAGAAAGGAGACACCGACAACUGCUCAAGAUGAUGCUCGCAGGGCAGGCGUGGUCCUGGUUUACUUGUCACAAUCGCCGGAUGAGGAAAUAAUUGUGUAAAUGAUUAUUAUGUAAAUGAAUCUUUAUUGCCAAGCCUCCACCGUUUAAAAAGCUGAAUUGGUAAAAUGGAAAGUAAUAAAUUGACGGGCAAACCAGCUUCCUCCAGCUUCUCGCGACCAUCACAUUGUUCGAUUUUAAAGAAAUCAAUCAAAUCUUUAAUGAAUUAAUUAAGCAAAGGAGAAGACUUAGAGGGGCAGAACUUUGAACAGCAAAUUCAAUUGAAUUUUAGCUCAAAUUAAUAAGACUUUAUUGGCCUGUCUGCUUGUGGAGAACUCAUAGGAGCUACAAUUCAGUCCUUAUUAAUGCUAUUGUCAGACGAAAAAUUCAGAUAUUGUGAAUACAGACCAAAGCUAUUUUUAUUUAAUAGUUUUCUUGCGCUAAUAAUGUUAGAUUGUAUUUUCGUUCUGGAUCAAGAAAUCUUGCUGCAACAUUCCUGAGUCAGUAGGACUCUUUAAAUUGCGUCCAACGCCAGACAUGAUUGGUAAAUUUUUUUAAUUUUUCAUAUUUAUAUGGGUUGCUCCCGUAAGUAUAACAAUUAUACAGUCAUUGACAAGCACCCUAUUAAUUUAAAGAUAAAAUAUUUGUAGUAAAAAUUAUAGCAGAUGAACUAAACGAAAAGAAAAAAAGAAAAAUCAAAUAACAAAAUGCCUGUAUAGAUAAGGUUAGUAGUGAACCAGAUUUAAAUGUAGUGUGGUUUGAUUAAUUUUAACCACAUACUGUACAUAGUUCUAGGCUGGAAUAAAAUAUAUUUUGAUAUUCAAAGUUCCUAUACGUUAUAAUUAAGUGUUACAUGCAAAUGUUAAGGAAUCAGUAAAGCGCAAAAAGUGUUUAAGACGAAAUCCUACAGGAAAUCGAGUAAUUUCAGUUUUUAGUAGACAAAACCCUUGUAUCAGAAUAAUUGUAGGUAUUUUACAGUCCUUUUUACCUUUUCUUAAAGUUUAAGAUAUAAAUAGUUGCCUGAUAUAUAACACCGGACAAACAAUUGGAAAGGGAACUCGAGAAAAUAAAUUUCAAAGU